GAUUAAUAAUAAGUCACACAUAUAGCACAGCUUUUGGUUUGAAUGCCAACCUUGCAAGUAAUCGAUCUCCUUACCGAAAGGAGAAAACCUGCUAACCUUAAAACACAGCACAUCCUUUUCAGUUUUCUAUUUAACAAUUUCACACUCUCUCUUCUUCAUCUAAAUCAAUUAAUAAUAAUCUUCCUCUUUUUUUUUUCUCUCGUGGAUAAGAUCUCAAGAAUAUCAUAUACAAAAAGGGACCCACAUAACCCAUAAAUCAAACAAUAUCCACAUCUUCUAUACACCUCAACACAUUGUUUCAAAAUCAACAACAACCCAUUAAAGAUCAUUAUUCUCUUUUCAUUGCAAGAUUUGAUUUUGAGGACUUGUGUUUGUUCUCUAAGCUUCAAUAGAUUCUGGGUGUGAGUCAAAAAGCUUUAUUUUAUUUGAUUUAUUAUUAUUACCACAUAAUAAUAAUUAUCAAAAUUUGAUUUUUAAUUUUGGGGUAAAAGUUAAAGCCACGAGAUAUUUUGUGGUGAGUGCGGUUUGCUUUUAAAUAAUGUGUUUUUAAUUUUGUGUUGUUGAGUUGAAUUUUUCAUUCAUUAAUCGGUUAGUGACGGUUUUUGUCGUGUUCCUAUAUUACGUUUGUGUUGUGUGUGUGUCGUGUUUCGCCGGCUGUUUUUGUCUUAAAUCUAUUGAAUUGAAAGCAGAUUCAUUUGCUUUGCAAAUUUCAAUUUCUCUUUUCUCAGUUUUUCUUUGAUAAAUUGAUGUGAUUUUUGAAAGAAAAAAAAUUUGGUAGUAUAUAUAUUGGAUUAUAGAGAGAAAAGGGUUUCUGCAGAUUUAUCCACCGAAUAGAUGAUGUUAUGUUGGAGGAGUUUCUAGAUUCAUCUUCUUCUCUUCCUUCUUAUCCUCUUUUUGUCUGUUUUUCAGUGGAUUAGUGUUGGAACAAGUUAUAUUGGUUCAAUUGAAAUGAAGGAAUUUGCAUGAGGAAGAAAAUCGAACUGUCUCGCGAUGGAGAAUUCUUAUAAGGUUAAUGGAAAUGGACCAACUGAAAAUGGAUACUCUAUUGCUAGGCACACACACUCUUAUCAACCCUCCAUGAAGGGUUCAUUACCUUGGUUAGACAUAAGGGUAUUUUAUGUAAGAGUUAGCAAGUGUGAGCUUGAUAAUUCCGCUCCUGAGGUACUCACACUUAAUCAUGUUCCGUUGAAUCCUGAUACCCUUCUUGAAGUUAAUGGCGUACGUAGUAGUAUAUAUUCUGAUGGAAUAUCAACCCUUCUCAAAAGGGAUAGGGUAGAUCGAAAAUCGGAAGAAGUUACAUUUGUAAGCACUGAUAGCAUAAGGAUGAGUGGUAGUGUGAAGUUUGAGGUGUUUGAUAAAGAUAAUCUGCUUCUUUUUGGUGGUUUAGAAUUAUGUAACAGCAAUGGUAUUGUUAGAGAAUCAAAUUCUAAUGGACAAAGUUGGAGCAUGAAGUGUGAGUCAAACAUAAUUCCAGGCACCAAGUUCUUUAAGGAGAAGCAAUUGCUGUUGCCGGAGACUACUCUUCCAACAGUUGAGGUCUACAUUGCGGGGUCGUUCUCCUGUACUCCAAUCAUUUUAACAAAGACCCUGCAUCUUAGUUCUCAAAAAAGACAUACAAGGAAGGGGGCGUUGAAUGCAAUUCCAGAGGAUGAAGCAAAUGAAAAUGGGAAAGAUCCUACUGCGCUUGCUUUACAGGCCCCAGACUACCUGUACGACAAACACGAAGAUGAGGACUAUCACAGCCUAUACACGAGAACAACAUACGCUGAUGGUGAAGAUGGAGAACUUUCAUGGUUUAACGCCGGUGUUAGGGUUGGUGUUGGUAUUGGACUUAGUGUUUGUCUUGGAAUAGGCAUUGGAGUCGGCAUACUCGUUAAAUCAUAUCAAGGUGCCACCGGCCAAUUCAGAAGACGAAUGUUCUAAUAUUUACUCAAGUUCUCCUUCUUUUGUCUAUCUCCCUCUUGAUCCAAAGACAACUAACCAUAGUUUUGUCCAUCUCCAUCUUGGUCCAAAGACAACAUGUUUAAUGUCUUGUCCAUUGAGUGCAAAGGAUAUAUAUAAAUAUAAUUUUGGCUUGUUUGCUGUAUGUAAUAUAGUUUAUUUUUUGUACCAUUAUAUACCAGUUAUAAUGUUGAGUGAAGCAUGAAGAAGUUUUUUAUUA